CAUAACUCUAUUCCGAUAGUGAAUCCUUAAUUUGCGGCCAUGGGAGACCGUGACGGAGCUUUCAAAGAAUCGGAGUCCACCGGAGAAAUCGGCGGCGCCGAUGCUCAUUUGGUCUCCGGACGAUAUAAUUGCUUAUGCUUCCCUUGCUUCGGACCUCGUCGGUCGGUUUCCGACGAGAUUUCCUGGUGGGAACGGGCGAAGGCGGGAGCGAGAGCGAGAGCGAAAGCCACCGUAGACGGCGAGGAUCAUUGGUGGACCGGCGGAGUUAGAUCUGUCAAGAAGCUUCGUGAAUGGUCCGAGAUCGUCGCCGGUCCGAGAUGGAAAACGUUCAUUCGUCGGUUCAACCGGAACCGGCCCGCUGCCGUGAAGCUUGGGAAAUUCCAGUAUGAUCCCAUCAGUUACGCUUUGAAUUUCGACGAGGGAAAUAACGGCGAUGUGGAUUUCGAAGAGGAGGAGUGCAACGGUGGGUUUAAGAACUUCUCCGAACGGUUCGCUGCCGUGCCGGCUCCGGUGAAGUCGGCGGCGGAUGUAUAGGGUUCUGCGGCGGUCUUUUGUCCUUUUCUGGUGAAGUUGACUGGUCGGCUUCCGUCCGGUGGUGGUAAUUUAACGUAUCUUUUUUUUCAACUGAUGAGCUGGAAGUUGACCGUUCCAAUUAAUUAAGAGGCGCCAAUGGCGGCGGGUACACGUGGCAAUAAGAUGGUUUACUUUCUGUCAGGGUGACGUGUAGCAAAACCAUUGGUAGUUUAUAUGAUUUUGUUUUCUUUUUUUUUUCCAAUUAAAUUUGUAUAAUUCAUUUACCAAUAAUAGAAUUGCAUAAUUCAAAUAGAGUUUCAUUUAUGUAAA